AUGACAAUGCCUACUACACAGACAGCAAUUGCGAUAGAAGAGGAUAGGAAAGAAUCACGCUUGUCUAUCCCGAAAAGGUUCUUGGCUGGUUUAGAUCCCGAAUGGGUAAAUUUAUGGGAAAGGCAUGGUAGCUCCAUGGUGAGAGCCGACGAGGUAUCUCUCGAAGAAUUUCGGAAAAGUCCCGCUGCAUACAGCUUCACCUUCCCAACAUGCCCAGGACCACCCGUGUUUCAUGUUGAGGAUAUAGAGAUCCCUGUUUCGCAGCCCGCUGGAAAGAUUUUGAUCAGAGUCUAUACCCCUGGAGGGCCAGGGCCAUUUCCUGUUCACUUGAACUUCCAUGGAGGCGGAUGGGUUCUUGGAAAUCUCAAUUCUGAGGCAGCGUGGUGCCGACACAUGUGCAACAAGGCUCAAAUUAAAGUUAUAGAUGUUGACUACCGUCUCGCUCCCGAGUUCCCGUACCCAACUAGCAUCUAUGACUCGUGGGAUGCCGUGAAAUGGAUAAUUGCAAAUGCCUCUCGGCUCAAUAUUGACUCCUCUAGUGUUUCUAUUGGAGGCCUAUCAGCAGGAGGUCAGAUGACAGCAGUAUUAGGCCAUUUUGCCCGCGAUGCAGGCAUUGACCUGAAACUGCAGCUGAUCAUUGUUCCAGCGACAGACAUGCGCUACUGUCUAAGAACACGAGAGUUAAGCAAGGCCACUUGUCCCUAUGAAAGUGUCUUGCUAUACCAUGAUGCACCUUGGGGCCCCUUGGGGAGAGAGCAAUGGUUUCUGAAGUAUUGGUUGGGCGAUGAUGACGACGUGCAAGAAAGUAUCUUGACGAAGGACUGGAUUUGCACACCCGUUCUUGCUCCUUCAUUUGAAAACCUCGCGAAGGCACAUAUUAUCACGGCCGAGUUUGAUCUUGAACGGGAUGAAGGGGAGUUUUAUGGUCUUCUUAUGCAGAAUGCUGGGAAUGAUGUUACAAUGAAGAGAUACCCGGGCAUGCCCCACGCGUUUGCACACUACAAUCACCCAGAAAGAGGACUUUCGCAAAGCUUUGUGUAUAUUGAAGAUACGAGUCGACUCCUUCGGGAGGUGCACUUUGGCAAGAGGGGAGAAUAAUUUGAGAUGUAUAUUGCCAAGCUAAGCGGUAUCAAUAUAUAUGUGAG